UUGUUGCAACUAUCCAAAAGACAAAGUGUAUACAAGAGAACCUUCUUGUCACGCCUCUCUUACUUCUUUCUUGUGGUCCAUUAAAACCCUAGUUUUUUCUUUUAUUUCUCCAUUUAUAUUAGAUCAUAUAAAGUUCAUGCUUUUUAACCAUCUCUCAUAUCUCCUUAUAUAUACUAAGAUGCACAAGAACUGAAAACAAAACAAAAGAAAUGGAAUGGUCAAUGACAAGCAACGUAGAAAACGUGAGAGUUGCUUUUUUGCCGCAGCCAUGGCCGGAGUCGAGCUCCUUUAACUCGCUUCAUAGCUUCAACUAUCAUCCUUAUGCAGGAAAUUCAUACACGCAGACCGGACCGGUUAUAUCUGUACCGGAAUCAGAUAAGAUCAUCAAUGCGUACCGAUAUCCAAGCAACAAGAACGAGAUGACAAAGAAGAAGAGACUAACGAGUGGACAGUUAGCUUCACUUGAACAGAGUUUUCAAGGAGAGAUCAAACUAGACUCAGACAGGAAGCUGAAGCUGUCUAGAGAUCUUGGUUUGCAGCCUCGUCAGAUAGCGGUUUGGUUCCAAAACCGCCGUGCACGAUGGAAGGCAAAGCAGCUCGAGCAACUGUACGAUUCUCUUAGGCAAGAGUACGACCUCGUUUCUAGAGAGAAGCAGAUGCUACAUGAGGAGGUCAAGAAGCUGAGAGCUGUACUAAGAGACCAAGGACUGAUCAAGAAGCAGAUAUCCGGUGGGGAAGACACGACGGAGCUUCCCUCGGUGGUGAUAGCUCAACCAAGAAUGGAAAAUCUACACACCAAUCAACUCACUGGAGUAAAUCAGAUUUACGGUAUUGAUCAAUGCAACAAUCCAAUGGUCGUUGCUUCCUCUAGCUGGCCGCCUUACCCGUGAUAGCUGUUGCUGAUCAUAGAGACACAGAGAGAGACGCUCUCGGACAGGGCUUUAGACUAGGCAGGGACUUAAAGUGGUGUUAAUUAGACUAAGACAAGCUUUUGCUCAUCGUACGGUUUUAAAACAUAAAUGAAACGUGCUUGUGUCCCAAACCCAACACUAUUUUUCAUUCCACAGUAUAUGGUUAUUUGAAACUUGCAUUUGCAUUUCUGUUGCUUGGCUGCAACUUCUGGUUUCUUUGCUUUCUUAUUAUUCUUUGACUUCUUGCCACUUCCCUAGUUAACUGUACACACAAUAAAGAAUUAAAGAUACUGUAAUAGACAUGCACAUAAUUUUAGGCAACAGCUAAAUGAAAUAGAAAAUAAAACCUAGAACACAUGCAAACUUCUCUUUGUUCCCUUAUUUUACCCCCAAACUUUUAAAUUCUAUCAAUUUCAACCCGCAACAACAAAUCCCAACCCCAAAAGAACUCUUGUAUAUUAACAACUUACAACUAUAUAAUGAAACGGGAUACAU